UUCAACUUCCAUGGAUACUACCUGAGGAUACAUUCACUAACAGCAGUUGAUUCAGAAGGCAAGAGAGGGGAAGAAGAACUGUCAUUGGACAAUCAACUCUACUCGGCUUUUGGCGGGUUAAAUGAUGACCUGGCAGUGCAAUUAUGGGUCCAUUGCGAGGUAGAGCUGCUCAAUGCAGAGGAAGCUGUUGAAGAUCUUGAAUUAUAUGUACCAGAGGAAAAGUAUGGUAUCAAUAAUGGAAUCAUUUCAAGCAGUACAUUGUUGGCAAAAGAAGACAUACAGAAGGCUAUCCUCGUUUUGCAUCCUCAGGGAAAGCGAACUCUUUUGGAUUGUUUAAGAAAGAAUAAUAUCCCGUACCUUGUUUCUGGAGAAGAGAGUCACACAAAGAAUUGGUACACCAAGUAUCUGGAGUUCUUGUUUGCUAGAACCGAUGCUCAUAGACAACGUCAAUUGCUUCAGAGUUUUGCACCAGCCCCUGCUUCAGCCCCAACCGUUGAAUCUGCUAAACUUAAACCAGUAUCUUCAAUAUCUAAGGUUCCUGAUUCUGUGCGUUCUUCUGCAACUCUCAAUUCUGCUACAAUUACACAGUCAAAUAAGCAAGAUAGCAUCCACCAAGCAGUUGUUAUUGCUGUUGUUGUAACUGCAGCAGUGACAUUUGUUUUCGCUGCAUUGGUCUUUUCCUGCUAUUAUAGGAGUCACUCUGGACUUGGAAGGAACAAUGAAAAGCCUCUUCUCAGCUUAAGCUUAAGUGACUAUUCUGGUGGCAGUUCUUCGCAUAAAUCAUCAUCUGCUUUUGGGAGUUCUAUUAACAAAGGAGAGCUCAAUAAUCAGUCAUUCAAUACCAGCUUAAACAACAAUAAAAUGGCUUCAUCUCUGGAUGACAAAUUUUAUGUUUUAGAGUCUGAUAUUCUCAAUGCUUCAAAAGCUGAUACCCAGUCAUUGGGAACCAUAGCUGAUGCUGCAAAAAUAUCGGCAGAGGCUUCUGCACAUAUCUCACCUUCUUCUCCUAAGCCCCCUCCUGGACUACCUCCUCUAAAGCCUCCACCUGGCAGGGUGGAUCACUCGACUCCCGAACCACCUCCUCUGAAGCCUCCUCCUGGCAAGGCAGCUCCUCCCUCGCAGCCGCCUCCUGGUAGUCCACAGGCUCCUCCUCCUACAGGACCACCACCUCCACCUAUACCUUCUAGCAUAAAGAUUGGCCCUCGACCACCACCACCUCCACCUAUACCCUCUGGCAUAAAGACUGGUCCUCGCCCACCGCCACCUCCAAAAAGUGGUGUCCCUCCUCCUCGGCCACCCACCAUCGGCUUAAAGCUUUCGCCUCUUGGAUCAAAUCAUCCAUCAGGUACUGCUGGUGAAGGAGGUGAAGCUGAUUCUACCAAAACUAAGCUAAAGCCAUUCUUCUGGGACAAGGUUCUAACCAACCCCGAUCAUUCAAUGGUUUGGCAUGAGCUUAAAUCAGGGUCAUUCCAGUUCAAUGAAGAGAUGAUAGAAACUCUAUUUGGGUAUGCUCCUCCUGAGAAAAACAAAAACGAUCCCAAGAAAGAGGCAUCAUCCAAACACCCUGCAAUGCAGUAUAUUCAACUUAUUGAAUCAAAGAAGGCUCAAAAUUUAUCAAUUCUUUUACGAGCCUUGAAUGUGACAACAGAAGAAGUUUGUGAUGCACUUCAAGAAGGAAAUGAGCUUCCGUCAGAGCUCCUUCAGACUUUGUUAAAGAUGGCACCAACAUCAGAAGAAGAACUGAAACUUAGGCUUUUCAGUGGUGAACUUUCUCGACUUGGGCCUGCUGACCGGUUCCUAAAAGCCUUGGUCGACAUCCCAUUUGCGUUUAGAAGGCUGGAAACUUUGCUUUUUAUGUGUACCCUUCAGGAGGAUGCUACAAUAAUUAAAGAGUCCUUUACAACCUUUGAGGCUGCUUGCACAGAACUUAAGAAGAGUCGGUUAUUCCUCAAGCUCCUCGAAGCCGUUCUUAAAACUGGCAAUCGCAUGAAUGAUGGAACAUUCCGUGGCGGUGCACAUGCAUUUAAACUCGACACGCUUUUGAAAUUAUCAGAUGUGAAAGGAACAGAUGGAAAAACUACUCUUCUGCACUUUGUUGUGCAGGAAAUAAUCCGAUCAGAAGGUGUAAGGGCUGCCCGUGUUGCCAGAGAGAGCCAGAGUAUGUCCAGCAUCAGGUCUGAGGAUCUCCUCGAGGAUGCUUUACACAAUUCAGAAGAUGAAUUCCGUAGCCUCGGUCUUCAAGUGAUUUCAGGCUUGAGCAGCGAGCUCAAGAAUGUCAAGAAAGCUGCAGUUUUGGAUGGCGAUAUCUUAACAGGAAAUGUUGCGAAACUCGGUCAUCAACUUGUGAAAGCCCGGGAUUUUUUGAACUCAGAUAUGAAAAACAUAGACGAAGGAAGUGGAUUCAACCAAGUUCUAAAGAAUUUUGUGCAGAACGCAGAGAUUGAUAUCAUGUCUUUGCUCGAGGAUGAGAAUAGAAUAAUGACGCUGGUCCAGAGCACAGCAGAUUACUUCCAUGGGAAUGCAGGGAAGGAUGAGGGUUUGCGAUUGUUUAUUAUUGUUCGGGAUUUUCUGAUAAUGUUAGAUAAGGCGUGUAAAGACAUUAAAGAUUUGCCAAAGAAGCCAAAUAGGACACCAAAGAGGGAGGGCUCGACAGUACCACCUUCUCCAGAUCCCCACCAAUCUCCUGAUCUUCGUCAGCGCUUAUUCCCAGCUAUCAAAGACCGACGAAUGGAUUAUUCUAGUUCAGAUGAUGACUUGUAGAUUUGUUAGGAACAGGUGGCUCAGAGUUUCAAUGGAUGUGCCAACGAGAUUGAUACAAUGUUGAUUCCUCUGUCAGUACAAUCUGUAGUUGCUCCAAGCUACAAGAUCGGUGAGAAGGCUGUUGAACCUGUGGCGGUGUUCGCACUUUGCUGGCAAAUUUAAGUGAAUAUACACCCGAUUGAAGAAGCUAUCAACACGAUAUUAUUUGACACUUCAACCUUUGGUGUUGUAUGGAGGCCCAACUGGACAUAUGUUCUGUGCUUUGAAUGUUGAUUCUGCCUUCGCAGACCUCCACCAGUGCAUGAUGGGUUGGAAUGUCUUGUGUGUAUUUUUUAUUCAUGUUCAUACCUGUAUAUUUGCAAUUUUGUUAAUAAUUUUUUAAAUGGUUGUGAAUUAAAGGUGUAGUUAGUAAAUUCUUUCAAAGUAUAGGGAUUACUAUCUUGUCGUCAUUGUUAUGUUUAGAGGAAACUAUCAAAUUUCUGUUGUUAUGUAAAGUGGCUGAUUCUUUUGGUUCUUAAUAAAAUGCCUUCUAUGGUAUCUACGUUGAGCAGAAUGUUAUCAUUUUUUAUUGUCACGUUUGAUAGUAUGGAAGAACAAUCU